AGAUGAUUUCGAUAAUUCAUUCGCUAUGUUGUAGUUGAAAUGCAUGGAAUUUUUCCAAUUUCGAUUAGGUGACGGGUUUGGUGUAUGAAAACCCGUUUAACCCAACUGGGCCCAACCACAUUAUAGUUAUACAACAAGGACCUGUAACGUUUCCUAAAUGAGACAGAGACUUAUUUUCCCUAGAUUACCUUGCAUUCCCAUGAUUAUCUUCCAAAGACAGAAGCCUUGUCCCUUGCCCUCAAUUCAUUUGAGACAUCAUUUUAACUUCUACCCCUCUCUCUCUAACCUUCUCCUCUCCCCUUCUCUUUUAACCCUCUCUAUAUCUGCCAUCUCGUCUCCCCCUCUCUUUCAGUCUUUUCACUCUCACCGUGUCGUCUCCCCCUCUUUCCAUCCUUUCUUCCUCUCUUUUAAGCCUCUCGCCUCCUUGUCUCUCUCUUAACCCUUUGGUCUCCACACUCUCUCUCUCUCUCUCUCUCUCUCUCUCUCUCUCUGAACUCCCUUAGUGAUGUUCGAUCUCUCAGAUGUUCAGAUCUACUAAAACCCUCCUCUUCAUCUCUUAGAUCUACCAAAACUCUCAUCUUAAUCUCUUAGAUCUACCAAAACUUUCAUCUUAAUCUCUCAAACCAAAACCCUCAUCAUAAUCUCUUAGAUCUACCAAAAUUCUCAUCUUAAUCUCUCAGAUCUACCAAUAUUAUCAUCUUAAUCUCUCAGAUCUACCAAAACCCUCAUCUUAAUUUCUCGGAUCUACCAAAAUUCUCAUCUUAAUCUCUCACAUCUACUACCAAAAUUCUCAUUUUAAUCUCUCAGAUCUAUCAACACUCUCAUCUUAAUUUAUCAAAUCUACCAAAAUUCUCAUCUUAAUCUCUUAGAUCUACCAAAACUCUCAUCUUAAUCAGAUUGUUGAAAUUGAUGAUGAUGAUAAUGAGAUUGAUCAACCUUAGUUUCGACUCUCUCUUUUGAUUUAUGAAGACUCAUGGUGGUGUGCAGUGGCGAUGAUGGUGGUGUUGUGCAAUUUUGUCAGGCCAGAAAAUGUCCACCCAAACGUCGUCCAGUUUUGAGUAUCCUUACAUUCAUUGAAAAGGGUAGAACUGGGAAACUGCCAAGUCGAAUAUCUGAGAGUGAGAUAUUGCCGUCACCCCAUGUGAAAGCCUUAUCAUUUAGUGAGCUUAAGAACGCUACUAGAAACUUCCGUCCCGAUGGUCUUCUUGGAGAAGGAGGAUUUGGUUAUGUUUACAAAGGAUGGCUAGAUGAGCAGACUCUUACGGCCGCAAAGCCUGGAUCUGGAAUCGUAGUUGCUGUGAAGAAGCUUAAACCCCAAGGCUUUCAAGGCCAUAAAGAAUGGCUGUCAGAAGUCAAUUGUCUUGGCCAACUUCAUCAUCCAAAUCUGGUCAAACUUAUUGGCUACUGCUUGGAUGGCGACAACCGGCUAUUGGUCUAUGAGUUCAUGCCCAGGGGAAGUUUGGAAAAUCAUCUAUUCAAAAGGAGUGCACAACCUCUUUCAUGGGAAACAAGGGUUAAGGUUGCCAUAGGUGCUGCUCGAGGACUCUGUUUUCUCCACAGCUCUGAAUCACAAGUUAUAUAUCGUGAUUUUAAAGCUUCCAACAUCCUGCUAGAUUCAGUAAUGAAAAAAAAUGCGCUACUUUCGUUUUGUGAUUGGAUGGGCUCGGUCCAUGAGUUUAAUGCUAAACUUUCGGACUUUGGAUUGGCAAAAGCUGGGCCCACUGGUGAUCAGACUCAUGUAUCUACUCAAGUAAUGGGCACUCAUGGCUAUGCUGCCCCCGAAUAUGUUGCUACAGGUCGGCUGACUGCAAAGUGUGAUGUAUAUAGCUUUGGGGUUGUGUUGCUGGAGCUACUUACAGGGCGUCGUGCCGUUGAUAAUACGAAAACUGGCAUCGAGCAAAAAUUGGUGAAGUGGUCACAAGGCCACUUGGACGAUAAACGUAAGAUAUUCCGAAUCAUGGACACUAGGUUGGGUGGCCAGUACCCUCGAAAAGGAGCUUGCAUGGCUGCCACUCUUGCCAUGGACUGUGUAAGCUCUGACCCAAAAUCCCGGCCCCACAUGGAUGAGGUUUUAGCGAUUCUAGAAGAGCUCCCGUCCCCAAAAUGUAUGUUCAUAUCUUCCCCUUCAGAGAAACCAACAAUACCUAGUCCCUAUGCCAAGUCCCCAGCAUGUCAUGACACCCUAACCCCUAGAGGAUCUCCAUUACCGGCCCACAUGAAAUCUCCAAAGGCACGAUGAUUGGCAAGUGUUCAACUCGGUUUACUUCUUCAAUGUAAAUACUUCUUAGCCUAGUGUUUUGGGUAUGGCUUAUAAGCUGGCUUUUUUGUUUAUUAUCAAAAGAUGUGUAAAAAAGUAAAGAGGUGAUGUGAUCCAAAUAAGUCAAUAAGCUGGUUUUUUUAGUUCAUCCCAAAGAAUAGGGAUAGAAUCUUUGAUCGUAUGACAACAUCUCUAUUUUUUUCUCACUCAAAAUUUUGUCAUCGUUUAGAUCAUCUUCAUCCACGACAUGAAUGUGGAAACAACUUACC